ACACCGCAGAUUGGUUCACUUUCACAGGACGCGCUGCGCAAAAGAGGACCCACAGUGCGCGCUUUGGCAACCUUGAGUUGAUUGGUCCAGGAAGAAACUCCAUCCACACUGGACAUUUUUUCAUGAGAUAAAUUAAUAUUAUUUGUGUCCAGCUUUGAUGCUGAAACUUAAUGUUAAUUAAUUCCGAGGACAGCGCGCAUCCCGGGACUGGAGGGAGAAAUGCUCCGCGCUCUCAACGCGCAAACGAAUAAUUCAGUCUGUGCGUGACAGACGCGCCAGAGGACGAGCGUGGACUGACAGACGCUGCCUGCGAACUUUGUUGUUUUAAGGGUCCCCGUGGAAGUGGGGAGAAAGUGAUCGCGGAGAUUCCACCUCUCCAAUGCGUCCGUUCUGCCCUUCUCAUGGACUGAGCGCGGGGACGAUCGGGAUUACAUCCCCCGUUUUUUACCACUUCUAGUCGAUACAUCAAACAGAAAUGCUGCUUUGUAUGAUUUUCAUCUGCUUGUUUCUCCCUGUGGCCACAUCCCAAGAUAUCCAUCCCUCAGAGGCAUCAUCCUCUAUCAGUGAGUCUUGUGACUCCUUGUGCUCCUGUGAAAGGAAAGACAACGUUCUCUAUCUUAACUGUGAACAGAGAAACAUCAGCAAAAUCUCCCAAAUCAGAGUCCCUCAAGGUGUGCCAUUCCACCUGAACCUUUACAAUAACUUGCUGGUUGAGCUCCGUGCUGAAGAAAUGGAAGGGUUUAAGAAUGCCUUGUCGCUGCAUCUUGGGAGUAAUAGCAUACAAGAGUUGGAACCGGGAGUCUUCAGCACUCUCAGUUCACUGAAAAAGCUGCACAUAAAUAGUAAUUUCCUUGUCACUUUAAAAGAAGACACCUUUCAAGGUCUAGUAAAUUUGGAGUUUCUUCAAGCUGACACGAAUUUCAUUCGGGUCAUUGAGCCAGGGGCCUUCAACAAACUGAUUCGCCUCAAGGUACUCAUCCUGAAUGAUAAUUCCAUUGAGUUUUUACCAAGCAACAUUUUCCGGUUUGUGCCCCUUACCCACUUGGACUUGCGAGGAAACAAGCUGCAGACAUUGCCAUUUGUUGGGUUUUUGGAGCACAUUGGUCGUAUAAUGGAGCUUCUCUUGGAGGAUAACGUCUGGGUCUGUGAUUGUGAUAUUUUACAUUUAAAAAUUUGGAUGGAGAACAUGAGAGCCCAGUCAGCUAUUGGGGAUGUGGUUUGUAACAGUCCGGCACAUCUCAAAGGGACCAUACUGGCUAAAGUCAAGCGGGAUGUUCUCUGCCCAUCCCAUGCAGAUAUUAACCUCGAGGAGCCAUCAAAGUCUCUAGACAUGGUUGUUACACCAUCAUCCAAAGUUUCUCAGAAUCCUAAGAUGAUCAAUGCCAAAGAUGAUGCCAAGAUCCCGACACCAUCUUACAUUCCGGGCAGUCCUUGUGUGGAUCACUGUUCUUGUCACAAUCACCCAGUGGCUGGCUUUUUGAUGCAUUGUCAAGACAGAGGGAUUCAAAAGGUUUCAGAUAUUGGAAUACUUCAGCAGAGUCCCACAAAACUGGUCAUGACAGGAAAUAUGAUACAGAAGCUAUUGAAAUAUGACUUUGUCACCUACGAUAGUUUAGAACUGCUGAACUUGGCAAACAACAGAAUUGAUUACAUUGACAAUGAAACUUUCCUAAGCUUGAGCAGUUUGAAAAAGCUCUAUUUGAAUGGCAACAAAAUGGAGAAACUGGGAUCCACCAUGUUUGUAGGACUCCACAAUCUUGAGUACCUGUAUCUUGAAUACAACCUCAUCAAAGAGAUUGCUCCGGGCACGUUUAAUCCCUUGCCCAACCUGAAAUUGCUGUCAUUAAACAACAACUUACUCAGCUCUCUUCCAUCACAGAUUUUUCGCAAUGUGCCUCUCGCCAAAUUAAACCUAAGGAAAAAUCUGUUUAUGCACUUGCCAGUGAGCAACGUGCUCGAUCAACUCGACUCACUCGAGCAGAUUUAUUUAGAAGACAACCUGUGGGACUGCAGCUGCGACUUGCUUAGUCUGAAACAAUGGGUGGAAAAACUCAGAAAGGACACAGUGGUGGGCUCCAUUUUGUGUCACACCCCAAAGAAAGUGGUGCAAGCAGACCUGAGGAGCCUUCGUCAUGAACUGCUCUGCCCCGGAUUAGUCACCUUUUACUCCGUGCCCCCAGAUGAGGAGAGCAUGACAGUGACUCUAAGUCCUGAGAGCCUCAACAAGGGUCUGUUCAGCUCGCUCAUGGAUACUGUCCCACUCUCUGUUCUCAUCUUAAGCCUCCUCAUUUUUGUCCUCAUGAUUAUAUUCUGCUCAGCUGGGUUGGUGGUAUUUGUGGUGCACCGGCGGCGCAGGAGAGCAAAAAAAAAAGCAGCAGAGGAGCAACCAAGAGAAAACACAAGCAGCAGUCCCAUUCAUUUACACUACAGCAUGUACGGACAGAAAACGACGCACCACACCCUUACACAAAGAGCAGGGUCGGCCACUUUGUAUGAAGAGAGAUCACAUAGUCCUAUCGUGCAGAUAUGCCGCAACCCAACCUACUGUGCCCAGCACAAGGAACAUGACCCAGACUUGGAUUAUGGCCUUGAUGAGCCCAAAAUCAAGCAUCACACCUGCCGGAGUAUCAUGGAGAAGGAGAAUACUUCCCCACUAACAGGAAACCCUAACAUGAUGUUCAGGCCCAUGACUGGAGAGUGUCCCACAGAGUUUGUCACUCUCAGGAACCCCAACUCUUUGUACAGAAAUAUUCUGGAGAGGGAGAAGGAACUGCAGCAGCUUGGGAUAACCGAGUACCUUCGGAAAAACAUGCCCCAGUUGCAGUCAGCUGUGGAAAUGCAGGUUCCAGGUCACCCGGAGGAACUGAAGUUAAUGGAGACAAUUAUGUACUCAAGACCACGCAAGGUCAUGCUUGAGCAAACUAAGAAUGAGUACUUUGAGCUAAAGGCUAACUUACACGCAGAACCGGACUACUUGGAGGUUCUGGAGCACCAGUCUGCAUUUAACUGAAUAGAAAACACGCAUAAAUUAUGUUUUGAAGCAAGUGCCUUGUCCACUUUGCCCUGUUUUGCUUUCAACAGUGUCAAUUCUAUAUACUGUAAUAGGCACAUCACUUUAAAAGAAAACACCUUUAUAAUUGUUCAAGCAGA